UUUUGUAGGUCUUAUUUAUGUGUCACUCUGAGAAAUUCUAUCCUUUUGUUUUUCAAGAUAAAUAAUGCAGGGACUUGUAUAAUGAAACCCACAAUGGAAUGGGCAGCUGAAGAAUGCACACAUAUGAUGGCUACUAAUUUUGAAUCAGCCCUCCAUUUAAGCCAACUAGCUCACCCUCUCUUGAAAGCUUCAUCAUCAGGAAACAUAGUGUUCAUUUCCACCAUUGGAACAUUUAUAGUUUAUCAAGGAGGAGCAAUUUAUUCAGCAAGUAAAGGAGCAAUGAAUCAAAUUACCAAGCACCUAGCAUGUGAGUGGGCCAAAGACAACAUCAGAGUCAACGGAGUUGCACCUGCAACUAUUAAUACCUCUCUCGUUGAAUACCUUGGUAAAGACAGCGAUAUACUGAUGAAAGAAGCCUCUCGUGUUCCUCUUGGGCGUUUAGGAGAACCAGAGGAAGUGGCAUCUGUUGUGGCCUUCCUUUGCCUUCCUGCAGCUUCAUAUGUUACAGGCCAAAUCAUUUGCAUUGAUGGAGGGCGGGCACAGAUUUCUUAGACUUAGAGUGGACAGCCACGUUUCCAUAAAAUUUGAGAACUUAUUAUAAUCAGAAUGUGAAGUAAAUUACACCUUCUGUAUAUUUGCUGCUGUAGAUCCUUUGCUUCUGAGGAGCAAUGGAUCAGCUUACUAAAUAUGUUGUGUUUCUUAUUGAUUUGAUCUGAGUUGUUUAUCCACAUCUUCUCAAACUAUAUUGGCGUUUACAUGCUUGCUACUCUAAUUUAUGGUAAUGUAAUCAACCAUUUUUUAUUUUAA